GUCCACCAGCCCCCCUUACACCGGGAACCCAAAGCCUCCCAAGCAAGAGCGAGCCUGGUCAUCUCACUCAAGGCCGCUCAGCCAUACUGCUUGAUGCCCUCACAACUUAGAGAAGCCGCCAGGGCGAGGCAGUCCUUCCCUGCAGCCCACUUAUUAUUCACACAGACUCCUGCCUGGAGUUUAUAACCUAGAAAGGGACAAGUUGACAGCCCUGGUCGUCUGUGCCCCAUUCCAGGAAAUCCUCUCAGAUUUUCAAGGGAGGUAGAGGGGAUAGAGAGGAAGGCAGGAUGGAGGCUGUCAGAACUCCUUCUUGACACUGCCUCUCACAUACUCUCCACGUCCUGUGCAUCUCUAGCAGCUGUCAUGGAAACCAGCGACGCUGUGACUCUUGGAGUGAGGCAAAGGACAGCCAGCAUCCAGCUACUCCUUGGAGGCCAGGCUGCCCUCGCCUUCCUAUCUGCCAGAAUCUUCUCCCACGUUUCUGUUUCUACGAAGGAGUCACUGUGCACCAAGGAACCUCAAGACUAUGCCUCCUGGGACAGACAGUCCCAUCCUGCCACCAUCAUGCUAUGCAGUUCCAAGAGCAGCCAGGCUUCCUUGGUGUCCAAGGAACACCAGAUGUUUAUGGAGGAGGCCUACAAUUCAGCCAUCUGCUUCAAGAUGCUCCAGGACGUCGCCACCUCAGACCCUCUCCAACUCAAGUACAUCACCAAGAAGCUGAAGAAGAUGGCUCAGAAAACCCCCAACCUGGUGAUGGAAACCAUCCAUGACUACUUCAAAGACAAUCCAGAGAUCUCCAGCCGGCACAGAUUCCGACUCUUCCAGGUCCUGCAGGCUGUCAUUGGAGCCCUUGAUGUCUUGGAGGAGACAUGGCAGAGGAACUUCAUGCAGCUGGCCCUGGAGCACAUGACCAAGUCCACGGAACUGGAUGACAUAUACCAAGAUGCAGCCAGCAAUGUGUUACUGGCCGUCUGUUGGCAUUCAUGGCCAGCAGUGGCCAAACACUUGGAAACGGAGCUCCUGACGGGUGUCUUCCCACACCGCAGUCUGUUGUAUGUGAUGGGCGUCCUGUCCUCUCAAGAGGAGCUUCUCAAGAAAGAAGACAGAGAGAGCUGGAAAGAUCUACUGUCCCAGAUGGCCAGAAAGUCGGUGCCAUUCCUGAACACAGAUGUGUGGUCCAAGGAAUUGCUGUGGAGCCUUACCAAGUCUAGCCGGACGCAGCAAGAGCACACCCCAGAGAAGGCCUUCCUGUUCACCUACUAUGGGCUAAUCCUUCAAGCUGAGGAGGACAGCAGCAGCAUCAGGACACACCUCAAAAAUCUCUUGGAAACCUCUCACCAGUGGCCUAAGCAAAGGGAGGGCAUUGCUCUCACAGUGGGGCUGGUUGCAGUACGCCACUUGGAUGACGCCUGGGCCAUCCUAGAACAGUUUGGAAGGAGCACUCCCAUCAAGUGGAGCCUGCAGAACUUGUCUCUGAAGAGCCUCGAGGAUCUUCGGUGGAAAUGGGCUGGCAGCACCAUCCUCCUCUCCUACGGCCAGAUGGCAGCCAAGGCCAAGAGCCACAUCCUGCCGUGGGUGGACAACAUCUUGUCCAGGAUGAUCUUCUACUUCCGCUUCAGCUCCUGGGAUGAGACCCUGAAACAAAGCUUCCUGACGGCCAUCAUGAUGCUGGUGGGGGCCAUCAGCCGGAGUGAAGGUGCCCACAGCUACGAGUUCUCCCAGACUAGUGAGCUCCUGGAAUGCCUGAUGACACUAAUGGAGAAAGAGCCGCAAGACACACUGCUCACCAGCAUCCGCCAGCACGCCAUCCACAUCGUCGCCAGCCUUUGUGCCCUGAGGCCACCCAUGGAUGUGGACAGGAAGUCCCGGCUCCUCUCCAUCUGCUUCCGCAGCAUCUUUGCCCUGCCACUGCUGGAUGCCCUGGAGAAGCACAGCUGUCUCUUCCUGGAACCACCCAACAUCCAGGGAUUAUACAGUCAGACCAUGGAGGCGGUGGACCACAUGCUACAGUGUUUCAUGAUGCAGAACCCCACCGUCAAUGAGCUGUACUUCCUGUUGUCGCACCUGUAUGUCUGGCUGGCAUCAGAGAAGACUCAUGAGAGACAACGGGCUGUGCACAGAUGCAUGAUACUCUUCAAAUUCCUGAACUGUAAACGCUGCCUAGAAACCAAGGAGAACUUCAGGAGGAUGGGGCAGCUGGUGGCCAUGCUGGGGAUCCUGUGCCAGGACUCUGACAGGACCAUCCAGUGCUUGAGUCUAGAAGCUAUGGGCCAUCUCUAUCAGCUUCUGAUGCAGCACAAAGAAGUUCCAGAGACGGAGAGGGAGACCCCUCAGGAAUUCCCUCCGCCUGAUGCAGCUGGAGCUGCCCUCUGGAGCAGUGGAGACCAGAGGGGCACUCUUCUGAUCCCCCAGGAUAUGGCAUCCAAAAAUGACAGCAUCUUCUUCAUGAGCAGCAACCAAGCUACCAAGGAGAUCAUGAGUCAUCUUGCAAUGACAGAGCUGACUGACCUCAUCUGGACAGCCAUCGACGGCUUGGGCUCUACCAGCUCUUCCUGGGUCCAGGCGGCUGCCGAUUUGCUUUCCCUUGUCAUCCAGGAGCAUGGGGACAACCUGGCAACUGUUGGUAAAAUGGGCCAGGCCAUCCACCACCACCUCUGUGCCAUCCAAAUGCCCCAAGCCAAGGAGAGUGUCCUGCAUGUCAUCACCUUACUGGCACGGAACCACAUCCCUGAGCUGGUGGCUGCCUUCCUAGACUUUUCCACUCCUCUGGACAGCCAUUCCUUUCGCCUGUGGAGGGCCCUGGGAGCUGAAGAGCCUGCCAGCCAUUUGGUUCUGACUGUGCUGAUGGCGUGGAUGCAGAAGAGGCCUCUGCCUUCUAGUGCCAGCAACAGCAGCCCCUGUCCCGUGAAGAAGCCUCAUUUGCGUUCAUUGGCCGCCAUGAACACAAUUCACGAGCUACAGUUCGCGAGAGAAUUCAAGAAAGCCGUGCGGGACACCUUUCCCCAGCUGUUCCUGGCCCUUCUGGCCCAGAUGCACUAUAUCAUGGAGCUGAACCAACCCACAGAACCUGAGCAGGAGCAGAAAGCCCAGGAAUCAGCCAUGCCAAGCCCCCAAAGCACAUCACUGGAGGCACUGAAGAGUCUGCUGUCCACCACGGGACACUGGCAUGACUUUGCUCACCUGGAACUGCAGAGUGCCUGGGAACACUUCACCUCCAUCCACACCUACCCACAGGCCGUGGGCCUCCUUGCCAGGGCCAUGGUGCAGAAUCACUGCAAAGAGAUCAAGGCCAUUGUCAGCUACCUGUUGCCUAGCCUGCAGAGCCAGCAGGAGCGAGAAAGGAAGACAGCCAUCUUGGUCCUCAUUGAGUUCCUCUAUAGCCCUGCCCUGUUGGAGGUGCUUUCUAAACAGGCCGCCCUGACUGUCCUGGCUCAAAGCCUCCAGGACACCUGCUCUGAGAUCCGUGUGGCCAGCCUGCAGGGCCUUGGAAACAUCCUCUUCCACACGGAGAAGGGAACCCUGCUCAGAGGUCAACUGCCAGCCUUCCUCAAUGGCUUCUUCCAGAACAACGAGGCAGUGGUUGUAGGCAUUAUGGGCUUGGUAUCGGAUAUACUGCACCGCCUGGGUACAGAGGGCGCAGGCGCCCAGAGUCUCAGUAUCGCAAUCAACGCCCGCUACUUCUUUGAUGACGAGCGGGACAAUAUUCGAGCAGCAGCCAUGGCACUGUUUGGGGACCUGGUGGCGACGAUGACCAACAGAGAGCUGAGUGGCUUGCGGUCCCAGGUGUGCCAGAGCAUGGUACCUCUGCUCCUCUACCUGAAGGACCAGUGCCCAGCCGUUGUCACACAGGCCAAGUUCGCUUUCUACCGCUGUGCCGUACUGCUCCGCUGGCAGCCGCGGCACACCCUGUUCUGCACACUGGCCUGGGAGACUGGCCUCAGUGCCCGCCACUUCCUCUGGACCUGCCUGAUGACCCACAGCGAGAAGGAGUUCAGCAUCCACUUGUCCCAGGCCAUCAACUACCUGCACAGCCAUCACCGCCACAUCAAGACCUGGGCAGCUCUGUUUAUAGGGUACACUACCUGCUACCAACCCCAGGCCGUGACACAGAUGGUGAACGACAUGGACACCAAGCUGCUGUUCUCCACUUUUAAAGAUCUCAAAAAAGACCCAGAACCUGCCAUCCGGGAAUUUGCCACCAGACAGAUGGAGUUCCUUCGGAAGGUGUCAGCCAGAUCCAAGAAGUGACUUCGAGCCACCCUCCCCCAUCUCUACCCCCAGAACAGCCCUGCCCCAACCCUGUCCACAGAGCUUGCUUGUGUAGCAUUUUUCCAUUUGAAAGAAAAACCUAGAUUCAAGACACAAAAAAAAAGUGUAAUGGCUGCCGGCUUCCUGCCCGCCACCUGAGGACCCUCUGCUGUGGCCAAGCCAAGCCCUCCAAGAUAAUGACAAGACUCAGGGACACAGACAGGGACAGACAAGGAGGGACGGGGCAGAGACAAAACUGGAAGGUCUGUGAUAGACUCUGCAACUAACUGCUCAGGAAUGGGAUCAACUCCACACGACCUGAACCCAGGCCAUAGUGCCCACAGCUGAGCAGACCAUUCUCUGGGAGUGGGGCCUAAGGGGAAAGUCCCCAGUGUCCCCAGCUGAGAGCUCUUACAGGGGAUGUGGAGCAGGUGGAAGUGAAGGGCAUUCCAGCAGGCUUCUCUAUUGCAGGCCAGGGUCUUCCUCCAGCAGGGCCAGCCUGCUCCAGACAGGUAUCUAGCCCCAGCUGUAACCCUCCCCCGAGAUUUGCAAGAGUCCAAAAGUGGGUGCCUGACCCCCUGAGAGGAUCCCCCAAUCCCUUCUCAGGCAGAGCCCUCCCCACUCAGCCUCUAUUUAAGAAAUGGCAGACAGGCCCUGUGGGUACAGAGCUUAGGUCAUAACAGAUAAUAACAGAGUCACGGCCUGUUACUCUCAGGACCCAUUCAAUCGGCCAGCUCCCCCAAGGGACCCUCUACCUAGGCCUCCAGCCCUGGGCUCUGUGCCUACCACCCAAAAGCCUCCAUACCACAUCCCCCAGGCCUUACGGAGUCUGUGUUAGGUAGACCCCGCACGCCCUCACCUGGGUGGAUCCCGUUUGCCCAUCUCUCCCAGCCCCCGGACUAUGUGCCUCCUGGGGCAAAGGACAUUGUGCUGAAAACUUGGAGGGCAGACUGAAGAAAAGAAAACAAAAAAAAAACAGCGACUUUGUGCAAAUAUACCACAGGGGUAGUGAGUUUCCAGCACACACAAGAUCACCACUACUGAGUGUGGGGAAGGAACACCCCCAAAAGGCUGCACCUUGCCACGAGGCCUGCCUUACUGGGAUGGCUGGGGUGCAAAGCCGGCCCUUUUGGUUUCUGGGACCUAGUCCCGAGCUAGGUAGGGUGGGAGGCCACUGGGCAGACAUGUGGAGCUUGAAGAGGGAAGGAUCCAAGUGCAGGAGGAAGGUGCCCUGGGUCUGUUAUAGACGACACAGAGGGACAGGCCUGUAAGGCCUGAGGAUCACAUCCAUCCGUGGAGUCGGUGCCAUAGGACAGACGGCACAUCCACACGGACGUGGACAGCCAGCCCUGCCCCUCGUCCCCUUUCCUCAGCUAAGGGAAGAGCCAGGCCACUGCUCAGAACGUGUGAGCAGGGAGACGAGGUGCUACACAGGUACCCAGCCUUCCCACACUCUCAGAUCUAAUG